AUGGCAGUCGUUGAGCCUAUCUAUCUCUCAGCUGGUGGCAAUCGACACCCUGCCGCAGCAGACUGGAACGUGGAUAAGCCAGGUUUGCUCGCAUUUGGUGCCGGCAACAAUAUCGCUUUGUGGGACCCGUUGGAUGAAGGUUUCCAUGGAGUUCAGGCGCUUCUUUCAGGACAUACAGACAUUGUCAAUGUGGUCAAAUUUCUGCCCCUCAAGGGCGUAGCAGAUUCGCUCAUUUUAAGCGGAUCAGCGGACAAAUCACUUCGAAUUUGGAGCAGGGCUGCCGAUAUCUCUACCGGAUGGCUCGAAGUCAAGACGAUUACCGAUCAUCAGAGCUCGAUUAACUGCGUGGCUGUUCUGCAUGACUCUGGCGUUUUUGUCUCGGGCUCAGCUGACGCAAAGGUGAAUGUAUGGAAGGUUGAGCAUGACGAGAACUCUGAGGGUAUCGAGGUGAGGCUACUUCAGACUAUAUCUCUCACACCAAAAUACUUUCCCCUUGCUGUUUCCUUGGCACAGCUGAAUGAAUCUUCUAUCGCACUUGCCGUUGCCGGAACCAAGGCGAGCAUUCAGAUUUACAUCUCAGAAGCGGACAUCUUCAAGCUUGCCGCCACUCUGACUGGCCAUGAAGGGUGGAUCCGCUCCUUGAGUUUCGUCCGGGAAGCCUCAGAUGAUGGCGCAGACCUUCUACUUGCAUCAGCAAGUCAAGACAAGUACAUCCGCCUAUGGCGUUUCCACCAAGGGGAGGAGCUCCCCGCAAUCAGCAGUGCGACCAGUGAUCCUUCACUCGGAGCAUUUGGCAAGUCGCUGUCCAACAAGGCCCACCGAUUCGAAGCACAAGACCAGAAGUACUCCAUCACUUUUGAGGCGCUUCUGCUCGGCCAUGAAGACUGGAUAUAUUCUGCUAGGUGGCGCCGUCAUCGCGACAGGCUACAACUCCUUUCCGCUUCGGCCGAUAGUUCACUGGCCAUGUGGGAGCCGGACACAACAUCUGGCGUCUGGAUUUGCGUCACCCGGUUGGGAGAGAUCAGUACGCAGAAGGGAGCAACGACCGCGACAGGGAGCACUGGAGGCUUCUGGAUCGGGCUCUGGUCUCCCAGUGGGGAUUCCGUAGUUAGCCUAGGCCGUACAGGGAGCUGGAGAUUAUGGAAUUAUCAGCCAGAAGAGGAUAGGUGGACUCAAAGCGUGGCCAUUAGUGGCCAUGUCAAAGACGUGAAAGGCGUCGCGUGGGCCAAGGACGGCUCGUAUUUGCUAUCCACUAGUUCUGACCAGACUACAAGACUGCAUGCCGAAUGGCUACACGAGGACAAGAGAUCGUGGCACGAAUUUUCGAGACCGCAGAUCCACGGCUACGACCUGAACUGUAUAGACUCGAUCGGCACCUCAAGGUUCAUAUCUGGAGCGGACGAGAAACUGCUUCGGGUGUUUGAUGAACCGAACGCAGUGGCCAGUCUCUUGGACCGAUGCUGCGGUAUUCGCAAUGAGUCCGUAGCAGCACUUCCCGACGCCGCAAACAUCCCGGUCCUGGGACUGUCAAACAAAGCAAUUCACGCCGUAGACGAGAAUGAGGCUUAUGCUAACGGGCAGGCUGAAGAUCAAGAUACCUUGGACCCCGCGGCUGUGGUUUCGAAGUCAGCGCUCGACAUUGACUAUCCACCACUUGAGGACCAUCUUGCGCGACACAUGCUGUGGCCUGAAGUAGAAAAACUCUACGGGCACGGCUAUGAGAUAUCCACGGUAGCAACGAGCAACGAUGGUGGACUGGUCGCGACGGCUUGCAAAGCAAGCUCCGUUGACCAUGCUGUCAUACGCCUAUACGAGACGAAAGAAUGGCGCGAGAUCAAGCCCCCGUUGACUGCGCACUCGCUCACUGUGACCGGCUUGGCCUUUUCAGACGACGGUCAAUACCUUCUCAGCGUGGGCCGUGAUAGGCAGUGGACACUGUUCACUCGUAAUGGUGCUGCAUCACGCGACUACAAAUUGUUCGCGUUCAACCCCAAAGGGCAUGCGCGGAUGAUCUUGGGCUGUUCAUGGGCCCCGAGAGCGGCUAGCAGGGUUUUUGCGACUGCGGGAAGAGACAAGUUAGUGAAGAUAUGGAGAUUCGAGAAUACCGACGUCGCCUGCGUCGUCACGAUUCCUGCAACCUCCCCUGUUACAGCCAUCAACUUUCUUUCACAGCUAUCAAAUGAGGAAGUAAUUAUCGCUUACGGAACAGAGACCGGAGAUAUCUCCAUCCGCGUACUUGAAGGCAAAGGGCUCACAACCAGAUACGCUUUUAACAUGGACCAAUUUCUCCUUCCAUCCAAGGGGGUCAACCAGCUUGUAUGGCGCCCGCAACACCCAGACCGAAAUGUCGAGAAUAUCAACGUAAGCGCUGAGCCGCAGAGGAAGCGGCAUUACCUCGCGGUGGCCAGCGAAGAUAGCUCUGUACGCCUGUUUGCGUUGCUUCUACCAGAUCCAGCGUAA